AUGGCUACUAGUUUAGAAAAACUGGCUGAUAAUUUAGCUCAAUGUGACCCGGGUAAAUUUAGAGAAAUAAAAAAAAUAUUUAAUAACAUCGAUAUUGAUCUGGUAACACGGAAAGGUAUUUAUCCAUAUGAAUAUACUGACAGUUGGGGGAAGUUGCAAGAUAACUGCCUACCCCCCGAAAGUGAAUUUUAUAGUACAUUAACUGAAUCACACAUAAAUGAAGCUGAUUACCAACACGCACUUCGAGUAUGGAAUUAUUUUAAUUUUAAAACUCUUGGCGAAUACAGCGAUUGGUAUAUAAAAGUCGAUGUCAUGCUUCUUUGCGACGUUUUUGAAAAUUUUAGAGAUUUAUGCAUAAACACCUACGGAUUAGACCCUAAUUAUUAUUAUACUGCACCUGGGAUGUCGUUUGACUGUAUGCUUCGACAUACUGAGGUCGAACUUGAACUUUUGUGUGAUUACGACCAAAUAUUGAUGAUUGAGGCUGGAAUUCGAGGCGGACUUACACAGGUGAGUAUGCAAUAUGCGUGUGCUAAUAAUAAAGAGGUUCCUGAAUAUGACCCGUCAAAACCUGAUUCGUGGAUUGUGUACUUGGACGCUACGAAUCUGUAUGGUUGGGCAAUGUCAAAAGACAUGCCUAAAGGUGGAUUUCAAUGGUAUAACGAAGAUUUAAGCAAUGAAUAUAUUUUAAAAUUAUUGGAAAACACUAACGAUACAUCGGGGGUAGGUUAUGCGUUGGAGGUUCACAGAGUUUUAAAAUUUGAUCAAUCUCCAUGGCUUGAAAAGUAUAUACGAUUAAACACAAAUAUGAGGAAAAAUGCAAUGAACGAUUUUGAAAGAGAGUUUUUCAAACUUAUGAACAAUGCAGUAUUUGGAAAAACGUUGGAAAAUGUGAGAAAUCGAAUAAGAAUGAUGCUGGUGUGUAAUGAAAAAAAGUGUUUAAAGUUAAUUAACUUAAAUACUUUCAAGGACAUUACCAUAUAUAGCGAAAACCUGGUCGCCAUACAUUUAAACGAUGAUUUAUUAAAAUUUGAUAAACCAAUAUAUGUUGGAUUUUCUAUUUUGGACAUAUCAAAAACUUUAAUUUAUGAUUUCCACUACGAAUCAAUGGUAAAAACUUAUGGUGACAAUAUUCAACUGAUGUACACGGAUACAGAUUCAUUGAUUUACAAUAUAAAAAGUGAAGACUACUACAAUGAUCUGCUGAACAACCCUGAUUUAUUACAACGCAUGGAUACUUCAAACUUUUCAUCAGAUCAUCCGUGCUAUUGUAUCGAGAGAAAAAAACUUCCUGGGACCUUUACUGAUGAAUGUAAAGGGGUAGCUAUUAGGGAAUUUAUAGCUCUAAGAGCUAAAUCUUAUGCAUAUAAUUUAGCUGGUGAUGAAAAAAUUAUAGCCAAAGGUAUAAGUGGUCAUGUUGUGAAAAACCAUUUGAGUAUUGCAGAUCACAAAAAAUGUUUGUUUUGGGACAGUCCAAUGAUCGACGAGCAAAGUGCACGAUCUAUGGCAAUCAACCAAUCUGUGUUAUUUAAAUCGAUUGGACACACAUCAUCAUCGAAUGAAUAUACACCGUUUAGAGUAAACAAUUCAUUUAGAUCGUACAAACAUCAGAUGAAAACAAUUUCAACAGUUAAAUUAGCGUUAAACCGAUCGGACGAUAAGAGACAUGUGCUCGACGACCAAAUUCAUACCUUAGCUCAUGGUCAUUAUCGUAUAGAGGAAGAUAAAGAACUUGAGCGGGUGGAAGCAGAGAUGAUUGCAAUGAUGGAGGACGGUGGAUAUUAA